AUGGGUGCUGAUGGUAAUGACUAUUAUAAAGCAGUCGAACUUCCCGUCCUUGAGCGCAUGGCAGCCGUGAAACCCGGCGAUAUGGCGUUAGAUCUUGCAACCGGAAAUGGGCUUGUGGCGCGCUGGCUGGCAUACCGCGGCGCUCGCGUUAUUGCGACAGACGAGAGCCAGGCCAUGCUGGACCACGCCAAAUGUAGGGGCGUGGAUGCCGAUGGAAUCCAUAUCGUCUCGAUAUCGUAUCAGGUUUUGGAUGCCACUAGCCCGGAAGCGAUUGAGAAGUCAAUCGAACAGGAGACGGUGGAUGGCACGUUCGACAUCGUGACAAUGAACAUGGCCAUCAUGGAUAUCGGUACACUUGAACCCUUGGCUGCUGCCCUCCCGAACUUGCUGAAAAAGAAUACGGGACGCUUCGUUACGACUCUCCUCCAUCCGUUUAUCACAGCUGGAGCCACACGAGUGAUCGAGUACGGCGACAGCAUCGAAACAGGGCGUGAGGAAGAGCGCGUCAGCAUUAAACUGACCAGAUAUCUCCAUACUGCUCCUCCGGUCAAAGCAGAAGCUCUGAAAGGGCAGCCUUCUCAUCAGUUUACCUUCCACCGUCCUAUACUCGAAGUGUUGGCCCCUUUCCUCCCCUCCGGUCUAGUUCUCGACGCGCUCGAGGAGCCAACCUUCGGCGAAGAAUACAACGCUAGAAACCCCGUCGACCCCAGGUCCUUGCGGUAUAUCAUCCAGAUUCCCAAAAUCUUUGCGUUCCUGAUGAGGGCCGUCGGGCAUUGA